GGUGACGAGCAACGUGCGGCGUUCGAACGAGUCAAGGCGGUUCUAAUCAGCAAGCCGUUGUUGGUGUAUCCGGACUUCCAGUUGCCUUUCACGUUGGUAACGGACGCGAGUAAGGUUGAGUUAGGGGCGGUGCUAAUGCAGGACCAGGGCCACGGCUUACAACCCGUGAGCUAUGCGAGCAAGGUGGCGAGCGAGACGGAGGCGAAUUACGGAAUUACAGAAUUGGAGUGUCUGGCGGUGGUGUGGGCUAUUAAGCUCAACCGUCCCUAUCUCUACGGGCGGCGGUUUACGAUCGUUACGGAUCACUCAGCGUUGAAGUGGCUCAUGACGAGUCCUAAUCUAGCGGGGAAUCUCCACCGUUGGGCCCUGACUUUGCAGGAGUUCGACUUUGAAGUCCAGUACCGGCCGGGCAGCACCAAUGUGGUGGCGGAUGCGUUGUCACGAGCACCGGUGGUGGCGACGGUACGAGCGGCGGUUGGACGGCGACGGCGUCGGCGGCGGGUGAUCCGUGCAUCAGAACGGAAGGCACGACCCCCGGACGGCGGAAAAACAACACGAGAGCAAGUUGCACCUGACGCGGCAGACUCUACGACCAACAGCAUCGUACGUGACACGAGCCAGACGGACCACAAGGGUUCAGACGAACAGGACGACGAGGAUGAGGGCGGAACGCCGAACGAGAACAAUACGGUGGACGUGUCAGUGGACGAUCACAUAGACGGCGAUACAUUGCGCUUCGGUACGAGCAGUGACGCGACGGACCUGAAUGGCGCGGGUUCGGGUGAUGCGAUGCCUGGUGAGACUAACGUGGCAGAAAGGCGCAACUGGGGGACGGCGAUCGAUCUUGGUGAUACCAGGAGCGAAACGACGCAGCACGAAGACGGCAACAUGGGCGGCAUUUCCAAACUCGAUGCGAGCCAUGAGACUCGAGAGGUGCAGGCGGAGUACGUGAAGGCUUCAACGGAUGACGAGGAACAGGAUGGUGAUGACGAUGCUAAUGUGGUAAAGCCGACGGCAACAUCGCGACCCAUGCCCCAGGCGACGGCGACUUCACACGCGGCAAUACAGGAAGCGGAACGGUUGCGUGCUGUAGCUGAAGCACGAAGGACCGCACAAGAACCGACACUGCAACUGACGGAUGCGGAUAUUGUCACAGCGCAGAACAAGAGUCGGAUGGUGCAACGGCUAGUUGAUGCGAAGGAGUACCGAGGCAAGGAGGUGAGACUGUCUUUUGGACUCGCGGUGAUAGAGACUACAGCAGGGUCUCAUGUGGCUGGCCCCUUACCAACAACGGACGGUGGCAAACGAUUCGUGGUGGCUGCAGUAGAAUAUGUGACUCGAUACGCAGUCGCAGCAACGGUGAAGCAACACACGGCGAAUAUGGUGGCAGAAUUUCUAAUGCGGAACGUUGUGCUCAAGUUCGGGCCUUUUCGCGAAUUAUUGACGGAUGGAGCGCCGGAAUUGACGGGCCACGUGAUUGAGGAAUUGGUGGAGCUGCUACAAGCGCAUCAGAAGAACCCGGUGCCCUACAGACCCCAAAUGAUAGGCCUGAGAGAUUGGGAUCAAUGGGCGGAUUUCGCGGUCUACGCCUACAAUUCGGGACGGCACUCUACGGUGAUGUUGACUCCGAACAAAUUAAUGAUAGGGAGGCGUCUCAAGAGUCCUAACGAGCUACUACGGGCAACGAGUCGAGACGAAGUUGCUGACGUGAGCGAAUACCACAAUAAAUUGGUGGCGACUUUGGAGAUCAGUCAUAAAGAAGCGGAACGAGCUCGAGAACGCGAGCAGCGGCGUCAAGCAAAGUAUUACGGGCGUCGAGUGAGGGGUAAACGAACGUUCAACGAAGGUGAUCGAGUUUGGAUGUUCAAACCUCCCCGAGGCCCGAAGGCGUCUAAAUUUGUCCACCAGUGGCUGGGACCGUUGCGGAUUGUGGAAGCUGCAGGUUUCGACAACUACUUGCUAGAGCGUGAGGACACGGAGAUACCAGAGAAGGUUAUUGCCACGCGUCUUUCUUGGUGUCUUAUCACCAUCCUACGGAAUUCCUACGAGAAGCGGCUGCGGACAUUGAGGCGGAGCUGGAACAGGAGAAUGCGCUCGGCAACGUGGAGCCUGCGUCGGCGACAGAAGCGGCUACCGGAUCAGCGACGGCAGCCGUACGUGCAACAGCGACGGCAAGAGGCGAGAAACGAGGUCGAAGCGCAGUGGAGGACGAAGGAAUGGACAGAGAACCGGGCGAGCGAGUGGUGGAACUACGACGGCGACGACGACGUAACGAAGCAGGACAGUAUGUCCUCGAGUUCGAAGUACGACCAGUACGAGCCGGCGUUAAUGGGCAGGACGAGACGGAUGACGGGCGACGGUGGUUGUCGAUACACGAGUACGAGCGGCGACACCGACUCGGAGGCGUCGUGGAAGACUCCAAGAGUGGGGAAGUCGUGUAGCGGAUAUGAAGUCGCAGCGGUGACGGAGAUCCGUUUGAACAAUUGGAAGAUGAAGAACGAGAUUGGGAACCUGGCGCACGAGGAGAUCCUGACGAAGAGUGGCCAGGCGGUGAGGUCCGUGAGGGGCUGA